CGUUUUGAGUAGAGGAGUAUGCUAUCGCCGCCCCUCCAUUGCUGCUGCCCCUGGUAAUCCCAAUCUUCUUCUGGUUUUCUUCUCCUGGGCUUCUUUCCAUACUGAUUUUCUCUUUUCAAUUACUCAUGAGGAGGCUCUGUUGUAUGUAUCUCUCUGCUAUUAAAACCCCACACUCUUGUUUCCGCAGCUACCCCACAAUCUGUAGAUAUUUGUUACCAUAUCAUCAUAUGCCAAACGCUGUGUUCUCUCCUCCAAAUUUUUUCAACAUUUCACUACCCUUUAAUCCCCUCUUCAUGAUUAGCCGUGCUGCAGUCUCAUUUUGUUCAAAAACUGUCUCCUUUGAUGAAACCUCUAGUCUCAGUUCCAAUGAUGUUAGGAAAAAAUGUUUAGAUAGUGAUGUUGCGAAAUUAUAUGGGACUAUUAUUGAUAACUCUUCUGCCCAUGGUAAUAUGGAGAAAGCACUUGACCGACUUGGUGUCAAAUUAACAACUCCCUUGGUUCUUGAGGUUCUCCAAAGGCUUCACCUUGAGGAGAAGAUAGCAUUUAGGUUUUUUACAUGGGCAGGUCAUCAAGAAAAUUAUACCCAUGAGUCUCAGGCGUAUAAUGAUAUGAUUGAUAUCUUGUGUAGUACAAAAUAUAAGGUGAAGCAGUUUCGGAUUGUGUGUGAUGUGCUUGAUUACAUGAAGAGGAGCAACAAGGAUGCUGUGCCGGCUGAGGUUUUGAUAACGAUUUUGAGAAAAUACUGUGAAAAGUAUCUGACCCAUGUUCAGAAAUUUGCCAAGAAGAAGAAGAUAAGGGUGAAGACACAGCCGGAGAUAAAUGCCUUUAACUUGCUGUUGGAUGCCUUGUGUAAGUGUAGUCUGGUUGAGGAUGCUGAGGCAAUGUUUAAGAGGAUGAAAAAGAGGGUUAAGCCAGAUGCUAAUGCAUACAAUGUAUUGUUUUUUGGCUGGUGUAGAGUUAGGAAUCCAAAAAAAGGAAUGCAGAUUCUGGAAGAAAUGAUCCAAUUAGGUCAUACUCCCGAUAAUUUUACAUAUAAUACAGCUAUUGAUACCUUCUGCAAAGCAGGGAUGGUUACUGAGGCAGCUGAACUUUUGGAGUUUAUGAGAACAAAAGGUUCAACAAUGUCUUCUCCCACUGCAAAAACUUAUGCAAUCAUGAUUGUUGCUUUAGUGCAGGAUGGCAGGAUGGAGGAAUGCUUUGAACUUAUGGGGCAUAUGAUAAACAGUGGUUGCCUUCCUGAUGUUUCAACAUACAAAGAGUUGAUUGAAGGGAUGUGUUUGGCUGGGAAGGUUGAAGAAGCUUACAAGUUUUUGGAUGAGAUGGCAAACAAAGGUUAUCCACCUGAUAUAGUUACAUACAAUUGCUUUCUCAAGGUACUUUGUGGUAAUCAAAAAAGUGAUGAAGCACUUAGGUUAUAUGAAAGAAUGAUUGAUGUGGGCUGUGAGCCAAGUGUGCAGACCUAUAAUAUGUUAAUUUCAAUGUUUCUUGAAAUGGGUGAUCAUGAGAGUGGAUACAAAACCUGGCAAGAAAUGCAAAAGAGGGGAUGUAGACCAGACAGUGACACUUACUGUGUGAUGAUUGAUGGGCUUUUUGGCUGCAAUAAAAUUGAAGAUGCAUGUUUUCUACUGGACGAGGUUGUGAACAAGGGGUUGAAAUUACCAUACCCGAAGUUUGACUCCUUUCUGAUGCAGCUAUCUGUGAUUGGUGAUCUUCGAGGCAUCCACAAGCUUUCUGAACAUAUGCGGAAGUUUUACAAUCCUGGUAUGGCAAGACGAUUUGCACUGAAUCAGAAGCGCAAGAGCAUGAGUUUAAGAGGGAAGUAAAAGAUUCAACAGUUUUUUAUUAGCUUGUGGAGGCAGUUCCAGUUUGUUUUUCACUGCUUGCAUCUGGUUCAGCUAUGUGAAUUGCUAUAAAUAACAGCAUGGAUCUCUUAUAAUUCUAUAGGGCUCCUGUGAGCUCUAGCCUUGAACCAACAUAUCAUUCCACACUCAUUCUCCUAUUCUCUGAUAUAGCUUUGCUUUCUAGGUGCUUGAGACUUAGAGAGAAGGGUGAGCUUGGAACCCUUUAGUCUAUUCUGGCCAUCAAGUGUGCUUCAUUGUGUGCUCAAAGAACCAUGGUUGUUACUGAAAGAGAGCAGCCAUAAAAACUCCAAAUGUGUAUGUAUAAUAUUUUUUGCUCAUAUCUGUGAUGCUGCCUGCCUUAUUCCUAGAUUAAAUAAAUGCCUUUUCUUUUCAUUGGUGGCAAGCAUUGGAGUUUAGGUAGCAUUCUUAGUGAUCAAUCCUUGGACAAGAUUUUGUAAGAGAAAAGUAUUGUGCUGCAUUGCACUAAAGUAAUAAAAGCUUUGUUGAUUU